CCCAGUUUAUGUAUGAUUUGGUGAAAUAGAAACCAGAAAUGGAAAUGCUUACCAUUUGCUCUGCUUCACGCCACCCUAAUUUCUCCAGUCUUUUCAUUUCCAGAAGUUUGAUUUCAGAUUCCCUUCAAGCUUCAAUAUUUCCCCCGAAGUUUCAUCCCCUCCGCCGCCCCAUGCCCUUCCGCCUCCGUUCCAAUCCCACCACGCGCCCGCCACGUAGUAUAUCAGCCGUAUCCCGUCCGCCUUCUCCGCCUGACUCAGACCCCCCAGGGUUAGUGGGAAAGAUGACCAUAUAUCAGGAUCGUGUGCGGAUCUUCUUUGCUGUUCUUUUCUGGAUGUCUCUGUUCUUCUGGUACUCUGCAUGGGACGGGACGAAUUCUGGUAACCUGAUAAAGGAUCUCGAUUUAGAAGUAAACUAGUAAGAAAUUUGAUUCUGUAUAUAAAUUUGAGAGAUAGAUUACUACUGUGGAAAAUUCAAAUAUAGACAAAGAACGUAUACUUUGUUAUUUCCUCUUCGUUUUUGUUAUUCCAGGGAAACAUUUUCCUGUAAUAUCUCAGUGAAUCAAUGAAUCAAUUUCAAGGUUUUUUCUUUUCGCUUCUAAGAGGAAGAUGAAAGUGAGAUGCCCCCACUGUAUAAUUAUAAUAGUUAAAGGAGAAAGU